UUAAACGCAAAACAACGACAGAGUAACACAAAUAGCGCGGAUAGCGUCAUUGCGAACCCAUCCAUAAUAUAGCUUGAAAGCAUUACAUAACAACGAUUACCAGUAUAUUACGACAUGGGAACUGCUAUAACGAGUAGUUCUACGCAGCGACUCGUGUCAGCAGUAUCGCUAGUGCUCUAUAGUCAGACACAUUUCACCAGACGUUUACAAAAAAAUUGUUGGAAAAUUUUUAAAUAACAUCCGUUUGUGCCAUGGAAUAUUGGUCGAUAUUAUUAUCGAUAGUGAUUGGAGUGAUCAGCAUUCAUUAUCUUUUUAAAAAUUUUAAUUUCUUUAAAAGAAAUAGCAUUAUACACUUACGGCCUCUUCCAUUAUUUGGAUCCACAAUAUCGAUGGUAUUCCGUCGAAUAUCAUUCUUCGAUUUCAUGCUGAAGAUAUACAAUUACUAUCCAAGCGCAAAGUAUUUUGGAUUCUAUUUCAUGACAAUUCCAGUCUUUCUGCUCCGCGAUGUAGAACUCAUUAAAACCGUCCUGGUUAAAAAUUUUGAUGCAUUUCCAGAUCGUCGUGGUUUCGCCGACUUUAACGAUCCUUUAUUAAAAAAAAAUUUGCUUUCUCUUCACGGAGAAAAAUGGCGAAACGUGAGGAAUCUGUUGAGUCCCUCUUUUACUUCCAGCAAAAUGAAAAUGAUGUUCACAUUAAUGUCCGAAUGCGCUAUGAAUUUUGCAAAAUUUCUGUCGACAUUAUCAGCAGAUAAAGGUGAUAUAAACAUGAAAGAUGUCUGCUCUAAAUAUACUACCGACGUCAUUGCUACGUGUGCAUUUGGAAUCAAAGUCAAUUCUAUGAAAGAUCCAACGAACAAAUUCUAUAUUUAUGGCAAGGAGGCGAGUAAUUUCAGAGGAGUCAUUCGCAAUAUAAAGUUUUUUUUUAUUGGAACGUUUCCAAGACUCGGGAGAAUUCUCAAUUUAAAAAUUAUGAACGAUUAUGUUUCGGACUUCUUCAAGGAUAUUAUAAGGACUACAAUCGCCACUCGUGACGCAGAACACAUUACACGUCCGGAUAUGCUGCAGUUAAUGAUGGAUAUCAGAGGCAAAGAAGGUCGUAGAGAAUUAGACAUCGACGACAUGACUGCGCAAGCGUUCAUCUUUUUCCUCGGUGGUUUCGAGACCAGUUCCACUGCAAUGUGCUUCGCAGCUCACGAAAUAGCAGCUAAUCCAGAAAUUCAAUUGAAAUUGCAACAAGAAAUUGACAAGGUUUUAGAAGAGUCGAACGGAGAAGUGUCUUACGAAGCUAUUAAUCGGCUCGAAUAUUUAGAUGCGGUGAUAUGUGAGGCUCUUAGAUUAUAUCCACCAGCCGGCGCUUUAGAAAGGAUAUGCGAAAAAACUUUUGAGUUACCUUCCGCAUUGCCGGACCAGAAACCUUUUAUCAUGAAAAAGGGUAUGCUUGUUUGGAUUCCAGUUCUUGCAAUCCAUCGUGAUGAAAAGCAUUACGAUAAUCCGGAAAAAUUUGAUCCAGAAAGAUUUUUAAACAACAAAAUGCACAAUUCUUCGAGUUAUAUGCCAUUCGGAUUAGGACCGAGAAUGUGUAUAGCAAACAGAUUUGCAAUGUUGGAAGUCAAAGUCUUGUUGUUUCAUUUAUUAGCGCAAUGUGAACUGAAACCAUCUAUGAAAACUGUAUCACCAAUAAAAUUCUGCAAAGAUCUAAUAAUGAUGCCGGAGAAUGGAUUCUGGUUAAAUAUUCAGCGUAGAAAAAAUAUGCAUUUUGUACAGGAGUUUACAAUAACGGAUAAUCAUCGUGGUUUCGUCGACUUUAACGAGCCUUUAUUUGAGAAUAAUUUGUUUUCUCUUCGUGGAGAAAAGUGGCGGAACGUGAGAAAUCUAUUGAGUCCCUCUUUUACUUCCAGCAAGAUGAAAAUGAUGUUCACGUUGAUGUCCGAAUGUGCUGUGGAUUUUGCAAAAUUUCUAUCGACAUCACCAGUGGAUAAAGGCAGUAUAGACAUGAAAGACAUAUGCUCCAAAUAUACGAAUGAUGUCAUCGCAACAUGUGCUUUCGGAAUUAAGAUCAACUCCAUAAAAGACCCAACAAACAAAUUUUAUAUUUACGGCAAGGAGGCAACUAACUUCAGAGGGGUCAUUCGCGGUAUAAAGUUCUUUUUUCUUUCUAUAUUUCCAAGACUUGGGCGAAUUCUCAAUUUGAAAAUUAUGAACGAUUAUGUUUCGAACUUCUUCAAGGAUAUUGUAAGGACUACAAUCGCUACUCGUGACGCAGAACACAUUACACGUCCGGAUAUGCUGCAGUUAAUGAUGGAUAUCAGAGGCAAAGGAGGUCAUAGAGAACUAGACAUUGAUGACAUGACUGCGCAAGCGUUCAUCUUUUUCCUCGGUGGUUUCGAGACCAGUUCAACCACAAUGUGCUAUACAGCUCAUGAGAUUGCAGCUAAUCCUGAAAUUCAAAUGAAAUUACAACAAGAGAUCGACAUGGUUUUAGAGGAAUCGAAUGGAGAAGUGUCUUACGAAACCAUUAAUCGACUCGAAUAUUUAGAUGCGGUGAUAUGUGAGGCUCUUAGAUUAUAUCCACCAGUCGCCGCCUUAGAAAGGAUUUGUGAAAAAACUUUUGAAUUACCACCCGCAUUGCCGGACGAAAAACCUUUUAUUAUGAAAAAAGGUAUGCUUAUUUGGAUUCCAGUUCUUGCAAUCCAUCGUGAUGAAAAGUAUUACGAUAAUCCGGAGAAAUUUGAUCCAGAAAGAUUUUUAAACAACAAGAUGCGUAAUUCUUCAUGUUAUAUGCCAUUCGGAUUAGGACCGAGAAUGUGUAUAGCUUACAGAUUUGCCAUGUUGGAAGUCAAAGUCUUGCUUUUUCACUUAUUAGCGCGAUGUGAAUUGAAACCAUCUGUCAAAACUACAUCACCAAUGAAAUUCUGCAAAGAUGUAAUAGUAAUGAUACCGGAAGAUGGAUUCUGGUUGAAUAUUCAGCAGAAUGAUACUAGCGCUACUUACGUUAUUCUUUCUUUAAUGUGCAUUAAACGUAAACCAAAACAUAAACGUAAACAAGGUCAGAAUAACACAAAUAGCGCGGAUAACAUCAUCCCGAACGCACACAUAAAGCAGCUUGAAAGCAAUCGCUUUCACAAUACCGAUUUCAUCCUAAAAGUAUACCAUUUCAAUCCAAACGCAAAGUAUCUUGGAUUCUACUUCAUGACAAAUCCAAUAUUCGUGAUUCGUGAUUUGGAACUCAUUAAAAAUAUCCUUGUUAAAAAUUUUGAAGCAUUUCCGGAUCGUCAAGGUUUCUCCAAUACGAAUGACUUUUUAUUUAAGAACAAUUUGUUUUCUCUUCAAGGAGAAAAAUGGCGGAAGGUGAGAAAUCUGUUGAGUCCUUCUUUUACUUCUAGCAAGAUGAAAAUGAUGUUUACGUUGAUGUCGGAAUGUGCUGUGGAUUUUGUAAAAUCUAUACCGACAUCGUCAGCGGAUGAAGAAAGUAUAAACACGAAAGAUGUUUUCACAAAAUAUACAACCGACGUCAUCGCUACAUGUGCGUUUGGAAUUAAAGUCAACUCUAUGCAGGAUCCAACAAAUAAAUUCUAUGUUUACGGCAAAGAGGCGAGUAACUUCAGAGGGUUCAUCCGCGGUAUAAAAUUCCUUUUUCUUGGAACUUUUCCAAGAUUCAGUCGAAUUCUCAAUAUAAAGAUUUUGAACGAUUAUGUGUCGAAUUUCUUCAAGGACAUUAUAAAAACUACAAUCAUGACUCGUGAUGCGGAACACAUUACACGUCCAGAUAUGCUACAGUUAAUGAUGGAUAUCAGAGGCAAAGAAGGUCACAGAGAAUUAGACAUCGACGACAUGACUGCGCAAGCGUUCAUCUUUUUCCUCGGCGGUUUUGAGACCAGUUCAACUGCAAUGUGCUUUGCAGCUCAUGAAAUUGCAGCUAAUCCAGAUAUUCAGAUCAAAUUACAACAAGAGAUCGACAACGUUUUAGAGAAAUCAAACGGCGAAGUGUCUUACGAAGUCAUUAAUCGGCUGGAAUAUUUAGAUGCGGUGAUAAAUGAGACUCUUAGAUUAUAUCCACCAAUCGGUUUCCUAGAAAGGGUGUGUAAAAAAACUUAUGAAUUACCAUCCGCAUUGCCGGACAGAAAACCUUUUAUCAUGAAAAAGGACAUGCUUGUUUGGAUUCCGAUUUUUGCAAUCCAACGUGAUGAAAAGUAUUAUGAUAAUCCGGAGAAAUUUGAUCCAGAAAAAUUUUUAGACAAUAAAAUGCACAAUUCUUCGUGUUAUAUGCCAUUUGGAUUAGGACCGAAAAUGUGUAUAGCUAACAGGUUUGGUAUGCUAGAAGUUAAAAUUUUACUGUUUCAUUUAUUAGCGCGAUGUGAGCUGAAACCUUCUACGAAAACCGUUUCCCCAAUAAAAUUUUGCAAAGUUGGGUUUCUAAUGCCAGAGGAUGGAUUUUGGUUGAAUAUUCAGCGCAGAAAAGAUAUACAUCCUGUGCUAACAUCUUAUAAUUGUGAAUAUCAAAAAGCAAUAGAUUUGUUGGUUUUCUGGAAGAAAGAGCUCGUCCUGAGUUUUGGUAGAAGUGAACAUCAUAUUCAUUAUAAGCCUGGUGUGCCUACGAGAAGCCUGAAAAGUGUACAGUCGCCAUAUCUGCGCAAUUCCGGAUAUAUUAAAGGAAUUGUAGUACAAUUUUCAAAUAAUAUGGAAUAUUAUUGGUCGAUAUUGUUAUCUAUAGUGAUCGGUGUGAUCAGCAUUCAUUAUCUGUUUAGAAAUUUUAAUUUCUUUAAAAGACAUGGUAUUAUACAUAUACCACCUAUUCCAAUAUUCGGCUCUAUGAUAUCAUCUAUAUUUUUUCGAACAUCAUUCGUCGAUUACCUUCUAAAGAUAUAUAAUUUCAAUCCAAAUGCAAAGUAUUAUGGAUUCUACUUGAUGACAACUCCAGUCUUCUUGCUUCGCGAUCCGGAACUCAUUAAGAAUAUCCUUGUUAAGAAUUUUGAAUCAUUUCCAAAUCGUUUUGAUCUUUCUGAUUUGAAUGAUCCUUUAGUUAAGAACAAUUUAUUUACUAUUUGGGGAGAAAAAUGGCGGAAUGUAAGAAAUCUGUUGAGUCCCUCUUUUACGCCUAACAAGAUGAAAAUGAUGUUCACAUUAAUAUCGGAAUGUGCUAAGGAUUUUACAAAAUUUAUAACGACAUUGCCAGCAGAUAAAGGGAGUAUAAACAUGAAAGAUGCAUUUUCUAAGUAUACAAACGACGUCAUUGCUACGUGUGCAUUUGGAAUCAAAAUCAAUUCUAUGAAGGAUCCAACGAAUGAGUUUUACAUUAACAGUAAGAAAAUACUAUCUAACUUUAAAGGGAUUCGUGUCUUAAAGUUUCUUCUUAUUAGAACUUUUCCGAAACUUUCGAAAAUUCUUAAUUUCAAAGUUGUGGACGAUUAUUUGUCGGAUUAUUUCAAGGGCAUUCUAAGAACUACAAUCGCAACUCGCGACGCAGAACAUAUUACACGUCCGGAUAUGCUACAAUUAAUGAUGGAUAUCCGAAGCAAAGGAGAUCAUAGAGAACUUGACGACAUUGACGACAUGAUUGCGCAAGCGUUCAUCUUUUUCCUCGGCGGUUUCGAGACUAGUUCCACUACAAUGUGCUUCACAGCUCACGAAAUAGCAGCUAAUCCAAAAAUUCAGUUGAAAUUGCAACAAGAGAUCGACAAAGUUUUAGAAGAAUCGCACGGAGAAGUGUCUUACGAAAUUAUUAAUCGGUUAGAAUAUUUAAAUGCGGUAAUAAGCGAGGCUCUGAGAUUAUAUCCUCCAUUUCCUAUCUUAGAAAGGAUAUGCGAAAAAGCUUAUGAAUUACCAUCCGCAUUGCCUGACGAGAAAUCUGUUAUUGUGAAAAAAGGUAUGAGUGUUUGGGUUCCAGCUUUUGCAAUUCAACGUGAUGAAAAGUAUUUCGAUAAUCCGGAGAAAUUUGAUCCAGAAAGAUUUUUAGAUAAUAAGAUGCAAAGUUCUUCAUGGUAUAUGCCAUUCGGAUGUGGGCCGAGAAUGUGCAUAGCUAAUAGGUUUGCCAUGCUGGAAAUCAAAGUAUUGCUGUUUCACUUAUUAGCACGAUGUGAGCUGAAACCUUCUGCAAAAACUACGUCUCCAAUAAAAUUUCGCAAAGAUCUAAUGAUAAUGCCGGAGAAUGGAUUCUGGUUAAAUAUUCAGCGUAGAAAAGAUUAGCAUCCUGCGCUGAAAUGUACCGUUAUAGUGGAUAAUUAAGCCUUAUGGAAAUCCUAAAACAAAGCUGGAAGCUCUGAGGAAGUCACCAGAGUUUGUUGUUUUUCAAGCGCAUCGACAUGUCUUUAUAUACCACAUUAAUAUCUUAUGCAAUCUAUGAUAUACGCAUGUUCGUGUUAAUUUUCGAAUAAGAAAUUCGUCACGAUAAAGCAUCUAAAUUUAAUUCUAAGAACUCAACUUUAUUUGUUCGUACAAACUACGUAUUUGUGGAUUAUUAUUUCGUAAGAACAAAUUGUAAAAUUUUCGUAUCAAGCAAAUGUUGUCAUAAAUUCCACCUUACAAACACAUAUUAAUGUGUAUACUUCAAUCCUGGAAAAGGAUUUUCGAAUCUGUGAAAGAGAAACAAGUAUUUGUUAUACGAAAAUUAUAUGAUUUAGUCAGUAAUACAGGUUUUAGGAUUCUCUAAAACAUUUCAAAUAAUAAUAUAGCUUCCAUGUUUUUUAUCCUACUUGUACUUUUUCAUAUUUUAUAUUAUUAAGAAAUAAAAAAUAAUAAAUAGAAGUA